UUUGAAUGUAUUAUAUAUUGUCUUUUCGCAUGCUGUCAUUCAUCCAAAUAGUUUACUGGCAUUUGCAUUUGAGCUCUUCAUUUACUAACUCUACUUUAUUGCCUAAAUCCCACUUGUAAAUGGGAUGUCUCUAAAUGCAGCAGCCCCAAAUGCAACGGCUCCAAAUGCAACGGCUCCAAAUGCAACGGCUCCAAAUGCAACGGCUCCAAAUGCAACGGCCCCAAAUGCAACAGCUCCAAAUGCAACGGCUCCAAAUGCAACGGCCCCAAAUGCAACAGCAUCUGCCAAUAGCACUACUCCAGUAGAUAUUAACUUAAGUUUCAGCAUUGUUGAUACUUUCAAGGCCGUCUACUCCAACAUGAGUGCUCCAGAAACCUUAUCUCUCAUAAAAAACAUCACCACACAGAUUGAGCCAGUUUACAAGAAGCGUUUUUCAAAGUUUCUCCGGAUGGUUAUAAAGAAAUUCAGGAGUGGCUCUAUUGUGGUAGAUUCAGCACUUCAAUUUGACAGCAAUGGCACUACUCCUAAUGCGACAGAUGUGAAGCGAGUCCUUAUCGAUGCACUUGCAAAUGGAAACCUGACGAUCAAAAUCAGCAAUGACACCAUUAACGUUACAGCACCUGCCACACCUGGUCAGUGUUUCAGCCCCAAAUGCAACGGCCCCAAAUGCAACGGCUCCAAAUGCAACGGCCCCAAAUGCAACGGCCCCAAAUGCAACGGCCCCAAAUGCAACGGCCCCAAAUGCAACAGCUCCAAAUGCAACGGCUCCAAAUGCAACGGCCCCAAAUGCAACGGCUCCAAAUGCAACAGCAUCUGCCAAUAG